AUGUCGAAUCCUCCCCCUCAGGCACGUUUCUCUCACUCCCAGUUCUUUUCUCUUGACCCCAUAUCGCAAGUCGAGAAGGAGAUCUUUCUAGAUAAAGUAUGGCCAAUUCUAUCUAGUCAGCAGGGAUCCAUGAACAAAGUUGACGAUUUUGAUUUCUAUUUUAAAUGUAUCAGCCAAGAGCGCAAACCUGCGGCUGCUAAGGACCACGCCAUCACUACAUUCGAUGAUCUGUUCUUUAUUAUUGGCAUAGUCCAAAGUCACGGGUCGUCAGUAUUUGGACAACUAAUCACCAAGAUCCAAAACAGCAGACCCAAUUUAGCAACAGUACCAUCGAGGCUUUCGAACUCAAUUGAGCUGGCAGUACGCGUUUGGUUGAUGAUGAAUAUCCGGAACCGGGUGCCGCCUGAUCUUUACCAGCAUCAGACUUCUAUCCCAUGGCAUGAUAAUUACGUUCUUCCAUGGGUACUAGCGCAGAAUUUUAAACGCCAUCAAUGCGAUCAACAUUCGAAAUUCUCCGAAUACUUCAACGCCCAAGAUAUGAAGAGGAUUGGCGGGAUCAAAGUGGAAUGGACCAAUAACCUCGCCUUGCAUUUAACUAUAAAGGACUCACUAGUUUAUAUCUUUCAUGGGGUGUCCAUUCUAAAGAGGAUGCAAGAAUCUGCUUCAACGUCCCCAUUCCUCGAACGGGAAUUCUUCGAGGAGACACUUGCCACUAUCGAUCUUCUUAUCCCCUUCACCAAGGCCAGUUGUGAUGGCUGGCUUGCCGAUGAGAUCAAGCUCUUAGGGCUCGACAAGAACAUCCGGUAUCGGGAUGCUCCUGUUAUGGAGAAAUCCCGAUACCCAUACUGGCAAAAGAAGCUUCUCGCAGUUGAAGAUGCCUUCGAGAAGUCGAAACCAAGGACCUUCCUGCAGUGGUGGCAUGAUACCCGUGACAUGCAACAGUGGUGGGGUUUCUGGCUUGUUGUUACGGGCAUUUUCUUGACAGUUCUAUUCGGAUUGAUCCAAUCCGUGACAGGAAUCAUACAAGUAUCUAGGCCGAAUCGGUCAUCCAGCUGA